UGAAAAGUGUGUCAAUCUUUGAGUGAUGCGCUUCGACGAGAAUUACGAUCUGCGAAGUUCCAUAAAAAGUGAAAGGGUGUGGCUGCCACCCGCUGAUUUGCCUGUGCGAUUUAAAUUUGAAAUUUAAUCGUAUCAAAACUACUGGAAAUGAGCAUCUAGAUUGGACAAAGCGGUGCUCGAGAAUAUUGUGCAUCAUCAGUGCCCUAGUUAACUUCGUGAUCAGGUGCUAUGCUCAACAUAUUGCCGUUUGUUCACGAGGAAGCGAGGCAAUUGAAAAGUCAAUAUUGAUGGAUUGGCAGAAAAUGUAUGCUACCGCGUGUGGCAAGUACUUGUAAACAUAGUGCCCUUCGGUUUGGUGUUGUUUCCAUUUACCGUAAUUUGUACAUAAUAUAGCUGAGUAAACAUUUGUCGGCGUUUCUGGCACAAUACACUAAUGACAAGAGCAAUACUGAUUUAUUCUGUUUGUGGCAGAUUUAGAGAUUGAAGAUGUCGAGCUUGCUUGGAUCGGUAGGGAAAGGUGGCUGCAGAGCGGCCAUAAACAGCAAACGAUUUGAAGUAGAAAAUUACUUGCAGUGGAGCGUAUAAACAACUGGAAGGCGUUGAAGAAAUACUACCUAGGGGCGUUUCUGAGACGAUAUAGAUACGUGCCUGCAUACAACGUAUAACAUAGUCAGAGUGUUGAUAGUGCGAUAGUGUUCCGUCUAGGAAAGUAGGAAAGCCGAACGCAAUGUGAACUAGUGUACCUAAAUGAAUGUCUUGAGCAAAACAAACGACGAAAAAGUCCCGCAUUAAAUCAGAUUCCACGUUACUCCGAUUGUGCACCUGAUCCAGCGAGCUCCCUUUGUCUGCAGGCGGCGAAGAAUCAAGCAAAAUUUCGAACCAAUUCGAUGAGCAGGUUGUGAUCAUUCGUUAGAUUGGAUAGCUUAGAAGAAUAGCGCGUACAUGAAUGAGAUCAGUGAUUGACUUCCGCAGAACUGAUAGAAUGUUUCUUUACGAAUGUUCUUUCCCGUUACGAUCUGGUGUAAAAACGCAGCACGUGAUUGGAUCCAAUUGAGAGUUGUUAGCAUAGAAAUUCAAUCAACUCAAGAUGGGUAAUGCGAUAAGUAGUGCGAACGAGUCAACGUUGCCUCGAAGACAGCAGCAGCAACCGCAACAGUGCUACCCUAAUUGCAAUGGAAAACGGUGCUGCUAUGAGAAUGGACCUACUAGUACCGCUUCCAGGAGUAAUCAUCAGAGUCAACAGCAGCAGCAGAAUCCGGAAAGUUCUCGAAUGCUGUUUUUGCUGUAUCUGAUACAUCGUACCUGGAACGUUGUGGUGGAUAGUGUAGAUCAGAAAGGAAGAAAAUCACGUGCAGCCACAUCGGAAGAUUCAGGCGCACCAAGAAGCAAUUACGAUGAAGCUUUCGACACGGACAUAAACUUCACCGACCUGGAUGACGACUCGAGUCUGUACGGUUCGCAGUACUCUUUCUGUAACUGCAGUUACUGCGAGGAGGAAGCGGACCGGCGAAACUUAUUCGACAACACAAGGCGAAACCGGUUUUCCUUCUGCGAUAGUGACAUAUCGUACUGCUCCUACCAGAUGGCACCGAGCGCCGGGAAAAACCCACCCGGGGGUACACAGAUCGGUCCUCCGGAUGUGAACGAGAUGACCUUAGGCUGGACUUCUAACAUAAAGCAAGAAAACCAACGUCCACCCGUGUUCAAUCCAGAGGACUACGUAAUCUCAUUGAAAAAAUACGGACGUCGAGGAACAAAUGGCAACUUCAAAUCCAUCUACGAUACUUCCUUUGUUGAGGAACCGAAGGCAGACAAACAACAGCAGCUUAUCGAUACUAAUCGAUCCCACACCUUGCCACACAAAAACUCUGAAUAUCGGUCGCCAAUUCCAGCCCCACCGGAGAUGGACAGCGAGAUGACUUUACGUCAGUUUGGCUCAGUAACCGACCUGCUGACCAAAUUAAGGGCAGACUUGCGAGCCUCCUUUCCGAGCUUCGUCCAAGAGUUUGUCUCCAGUCCGCUUGAUGGGGUAAGUCUACUGCUGGAAGUGCUGCGUGCCGUCCAACUUAGCCAGAGUGCGCCGAUGAGUGGUACCACGACGAUGCCGGCCCCAGGUGCUAUGCCACGGACCAAUCAAUCCUACCAACGGAGAGCCCUACUGGAUGAACUGGCGUGCCUGCAAUGUCUAAGCAUCUGCUGUACCAGAAGCCCGGAAGCCGGUGCUCGGCUUGGCACUACAGCGAUAGGAUUACUGCCGUUAGCAGCAGCCGCCACGGGAACCGGGAUCCGGUCACGGAUCGUAGCCCUGCAGCUACUGACAAUUGCUUGCGACAAAUCUGCACUAGGUGACGGAACACAGCGUAGCCAGCAGCAAGGUCAUACCGCUGUUUCGGAAGCUUUAUCCACCCUUCGUCUCAGAUGUGCGGAGCCGGUUCGAUUUAGGCUUCUUGUUGGAAUGCUGAACAGUGGUGGGGGAUCGGGCGAACUGCAGGCAGUGGGUAUGAAGUUUGUCAACACGUUUUUGGAGAGUGCUGAAAGUGUUCAGGUUCGACUAUAUCUGCAAGCGGAACUCUUCCAGGCGGGACUGGACCCGGCUCAAAUGUGCAAAGUAAUUUCAUCCACUUCUCCUUGGUUAGAACGCCUUCGAAUUGAAGUUAAACGUUGGGAAGCUAUACGAAUAGAUAUAGAACAACUGCAGAAUCAAGCACGUUCUGCAGAACAAGUUCGCAGCCGUUUGGUCAUCCUUGAACGUCGAGUACAAAUUUUACACGAAGAGAAAACUGUUCUAACGACAAUGGAGAGAAGACUGCAGGAGCGCUGUGCUGAACUGCAGCGAGAGGUACUCCGACUCAAAGGUAAUCAGAGCCAUGAUGCUUCUAAUAGCUCUAGUUUGGAAAAGCGGCCGGUUGCCUUACCUAGGCAGGUCCCACCUCAGCCCAAGAGAAACACGUCGGAAAAUGAUGAUGAAGGUAUCAGCAGCUCUGAAACUGGACAGUCAUCAACACCCGAACCUCCGCGAGUAUUCCCUACCAAGGAUGGAUCAACCUCAAAUUCGCAUAAAUUUAGUAUCUCAUUGAACCAAGACAGUGCAGCCCCAACCAACGACAUAAACAAUAACGAUGAUGACACAAAUGCCACCAUUGAGGAUGUCAUUGAAGAAUUACAGAAUAUCGUAAACGAUGCGGAGCGAGAGAUAUCCGAUCAAAAUGAAGUUCUGUACCAUCAGAUGCAAGAUUUAGCCAACAAAACUUUGUACAGCUUGGAAAUAAACACUGAGAAUGAAAUAGUACCUGUAAAUCUGCUACCUCAUCCACCACGCAAAUCCCGUUCUUUAGCGCACCUCAUCUCCACCCCUUCGGAUGGGGAUGGUUCCGGAUAUGACCUGCUGUUGGCCAACAACGACGCCAAAAUCAAUUUUUUUGAUGACGAAACCCCAGAAAAAGAACAAAAUAAAUCAUUCGUCGGCAGUGGUUUUUACAACGAGGAAGCAGCACCUGAUCCGGUCCGUCCAGAUGUUAUUCAUACGGCUGCCGAGUCUCAGGUUUUGCACAGAAGUCGUGCACCAACCAAAGAUUCCAAUCGAGCCAUACUGAACGUGAUCAUGGAUGCCAGAGACAAGGAAUGUCGAACUCGGGCGCAGUCUUUGGAACGUGAGACUCCGCAACCACUUCCUGCGCAGCAGUUCAACGGCGUGUUUUUCAUGACCGAUAUGAAUAGUGCCGGAAAAUAUCCGAAGCCAGACAUCACGGCAGCGCUGGAAGCGAAAAAAGUCACCAAGAACCUGGAUCGCUUGGGGGCUUACGGGGUGGAUUCAAUGAUCGACAUAGUUAUGACUGGCGAGCAGAGAGCGAUAAAUAAGGCCAAUGGGUUUCAAAAAACUCGUGUAAAUCUUCAACAUUCAAACGGAAGUGGUGUCGCCAACGGUGCUACGGGUAAUGGUAAAAAUAGCGCUGGGAACAACAAUUUCAAGCUGCGAUCGCAGAUGCAUUACCCGGGAAAUGGCUCUCUACUCAGGGAAACCAGUCGUAGCCAGACAAACCUAGGCUCUAAGGUGACCGAUCUGCCGUCAGGGUUGUAUUAAAAUAUUUAGAUGACCCGCGAAGGAACCAUUUCGAUGCUGAGAUUCACUUCAAGAUUUUAAUAACUUCUGUGCAAUAUUUAUUCUUUUACUGUUUCGAGUUUAAGAUUUAUUUUAAUCUAUUUUCAGUUGAGUGUUCCACUCUCUAUACCUAAGUGCUAUCGGCUGUCUGAUUUGUACAUAGUUAUUCACGUUACUCUAGAAGCUAAGCGGUGAUGGUACAAUAUUGACUAUAUUCUCUGAGGGACACUUUUCCAAACGGCCGUGUAAGACGUUCAUGACAAUCUUUUGAUUUUAAGCUCUGUGUAAUUUUAAAAAGAUUUAAUAUACUUAAUAAAGAUAUUUUGUGAAGUAAA